AUGGGUGACCAAAACAUUUUUGUGAAGAGGCCAAGCGCUGCAGAAACAGAGGAUGACAUCCUUGCCAUGCAAAACGAGUGGGAAGCCAAGAAAGGGAAUUUUAUCAAGCCAAGUGUGGAAAUUCAUCGCUUGAAAAAGAAGACAACCCAACCUCCAUCUGAGAAUUCAAAGCCAGCACCAAAGAAGCCGAAAACUGUCGAAUCCGUUAAGGCAAUGCCCGCUCGAAAUUUCGAGGAAGGAGGACGUUUCUUCAUUGAUCUCGAAAGAAUUGAUGAGGAGUUAUCCAGUCAAAUCCUGUACAAUGUCGAGGAACGGAAUGCAGAUUGGCUCGAGUCGGAUCACAGUGAUGAAAUCGCUCGCCAAGGCUUUGAGAAGCUACGGUACUCAGCUGACGACGGCUUUCCGGAUGUUCUUGACCUGAGCGCGUAUUAUAAAAAAGAUGUAGAUGUGAAGCGAAGUGCAGGUGGAAAAAGUUUCUUUGCCGCGGAAUUUGAUCGCCUGCAUGGAAAGCUUGAAGAAGCAGUCCUUGCAGAAGAUGACCAAGCCAUGAACGAGGAAAGCGAGGAAAACUUUGAGAGCGAAAAUGAAAAGUAA